UUUCAGCUUAACACCUUCUAAUUAUGAACUAUGUUGCUAGGUUUUUCAAUCAUCCUGAGAUAAAUCUGAUAACCACAACCGUUUUAAUAUUCGCAUCAUUAUAUAUCGCUAUAAUUUCAUUACUGGGCCACGACUUCUUAACCCCUCUCCAUGCGAUCCCACCGGGUGCCCCUUCUGAAAACAAAACCGUAAAAUCUACAUUCAUAAUUUUCCUUCUACUUUUCGGAGGUCUUUUCGCCGCAAAAUCAUCGAAUGCAUUGAGGCUUCCUCCACUUUUCGGAUGCUUAGCACUUGGAAUUGUUAUCAGAAAUGUCGAUGUUCUCAAGGAUUUCUUUAUUAUACCCCCGUUUACUGAGACCAUGAUACGGAAGGUUGCACUAGCGAUGAUUGUUAUACGGUGGGGACUUGCCACGGAUGUCAAAUUUUUAUAUGAGAACGCGGUCACCCCAGUCACCAUUGGUUUAGUAACAGCAAUUGGAGAAAUUAUUGCAAUUACUAUAGCUUCUUUCCUUAUUCUAGACAUCUCAUUUGUUAUGGCCGUGUUCUGCGCAUUAAUUCUCGUGAUAGUUUCACCGGCGGUCACCGUUCCAGCAAUGAUAAGCUUUAAGGAAAGAGGUCUCGGCUCAUCGAAGAGAAUUCCUGAAAAUGUUCUAGCAGUUUGUUGUGUGGACAAUUUGUUCUGCGUUAUUGUCUUCAUGGUGCUGUCAUCAAUUAUUUUUACUGACGCUCCAAUCGCCACGACAAUAUUGAUGAACGCUGGAAGUAUCCUACUUGGUUGCAUUGGUGGAAUCAUCAUCGGGCUUCUUCUUUGGAGGUUCCCUAGACCAGACACCACACAUACCCAGUUUGCGAGAAUAACUCUUCUUGGUACAAGUUGUAUCGGUCUCAUGAUCGGGACAUAUCUUGUUAAAUAUUCUUGCGCCGGAUUCUUGGCAGCUCUGAUAACCAGCUCAAUGUGUGCAAUGAAAUGGAAAACUGACAAUAAGGAUAAGCUAGACUGUGUUGUUUCCACCUAUAAGUAUGUUUGGGAUUCUUUUGCUCUUCCGUUGCUCUUCAUAUGUCUUGGGCUGAAAUUCGAUUUUUCCACUCUAUCAUGGAAAAUAGUCUUAUUAUGCAUAUCUGUGAUAUGUAUUGGAUUGAUUGUCAGGGCACUUUUGGUCAUGUUGACCACCCAUUUUUCACAUUUCAAUGUUAAGGAAAAGGCUGUAAUCGCUCUGAGCUUGCUGCCCAGGGCCACUUUUCAGGCUGACCUGGCGCCUACUCUGGUGGUAAUGGCGACCCCGUUUCCAGACAAACUUCCAGAUGCUGAACUUGUGAUGAAAGCUGCUAUUUUAUCUGUUCUGAUUACUGCUCCCAUAUUUGAUAUCCUUUUAAACCUUAUCGGGUCGAAAUUUCUUUAUCAUGUUUUACCACAGGAAGACGUUGCACUUGAGAAUAACGAAGUUCCAACGGAAAACGGGUCGAAACUGUUUGCGGCUGACAAUUUGUUUUCGGAUGAUACAAAAAUUGCUAGCUUAUGAAAAUGGAUUUUUGUUUAACGUAUUACUUGUUAAGUUAAUCAUGAAUAAAAGUUGUUAUCAUUC